AUGGGAAGACAGCCUUGUUGCGAUAAGAUCGGGUUGAAGAGAGGUCCAUGGACGAUUGAGGAAGAUCAUAAGCUCAUGAACUUUAUACUCAACAAUGGUAUUCAGUGCUGGAGAACCGUUCCUAAGCUUGCAGGUUUGUUAAGAUGUGGGAAAAGUUGUAGAUUAAGAUGGAUUAACUAUUUGAGGCCCGACCUUAAGAGAGGUGGAUUCAUGGAGUCCGAAGAGAAUCAAAUUAUCGAACUUCACUCUCGUCUUGGAAACCGGUGGUCGAAGAUUGCAUCACAUUUUCCAGGACGAACAGACAACGAAAUCAAGAACCAUUGGAAUACUCGAAUCAAGAAGAAACUAAAGCUUCUGGGUUUAGAUCCUGUAACCCACAAACCCAUCACGGAUCGUGAUGAUGAGGCUGAUCAUGCACAAAAAGAGACAUUACAGGAAAUCAGAACCAGUAACAAGAAGAUGAAAGAAGAGGAAGAAGAAGAUGAUCAAGGAAUGAAAUAUUUUAUUGAAGAAGAGAGUUUUGAUUUUGAGCAGUGGUUGAUCAGUACUUCGCGUGAUUCAAACCAAUGUAAUAGUUCCUUGGAAGAUCAUAAUACGACGUCGUCUAUAAGCAGCAUUACAGAUCAAUCAAUGGCGUCUCUGCAAGAAGAAUUCUCUCUGAAACAAUGGGUUGAUGCU